AUGGCCUGUCCUUAUGCACGAUUUGUCGAACGUGACAAUGAAACGCCAACGGCAACUGAGAAAAUAACGAUCAAUGGUUCAACUAAUAAUGAUGCACUUUCUCAAAUACUGUCUCUUACUGGUUAUGGCUCAUCCAGUUGCAAUAAACCUGAAUUGAAACGUUUACCAUCAAGCGAUGAAUUAGUCAACUAUGGUAAUUAUUUACAAUUAAAUAAACUUCUCGAUGCUCAAACGCUGUUAAGUGGAAAACAUGAUCAGAAUAAAAAUAUGGUUCAUGAUGAACAUUUAUUUAUAAUUAUACAUCAAAGCUUUGAACUUUGGUUUAAACAAAUUCUUUGGGAAAUCGAUUCUCUCCGUAAAAUAUUCAUUAACAGUGUUAUUGAUGAAACUCAUAUGUUCGUGUCAAUAAAUCGUCUUCAACGAUGUGUUCAAAUUUGGCAUCUAUUAUGUGAUCAAAUAAGUAUUUUAGAAACAAUGACACCACUGGAUUUUAUGGAGUUUCGUUCAUAUUUAUCACCGGCUAGUGGUUUUCAAAGUUUACAGUUUCGAUUAGUUGAAAAUAAAUUAGGUUUAACAGAUAAUUUACGAGUCGUUUAUAAUCAAAUGUCGUAUAAAAAUGCUUUUCCAACUGAAACGGAACAAAGUGCAUUAACAAAUUCAUUAGAACAGCCAACGUUACUCGUUCUUAUUGAAAGAUGGCUUGAACGAACACCUGGUCUUGAAGAUUCUGAUUUUAGUUUUCGUGACGAAUAUGCACGAGCUGUUGCUCAAUACAUUAAAUUUCUUCAAACCAAUGCUGAAAGUGAACCAAAUCCAACGGCUCGAGAUGCAGCUCUUGAAGAUGUGAAAAAAACGGCUGAUACAUUUCGCUCAUUAAUUGAUGAAAAAUUUCAUCAACAAUUAUUAUCACGAGGUGAUCGACGUAUGAGUCAUCGAGCUUGGCACGGUGCACUUAUGAUCAUGCUCUACCGAGAACAACCACGUUUUCAAGGUCCAUAUCAAAUUUUAUCACUAUUGAUGGAUAUCGACGCACUUAUUGCUAAAUGGCGAUAUAAUCAUGUUAUACUUGUUCAACGACAAAUUGGCAAUAAACAAGGUACUGGUGGUUCAGCGGGUUACAGUUAUUUACGAUCGACAUGCAGUGAUCGUUAUAAAGUAUUUGUUGAUUUAUUUAAUCUUGCAUCAUUUCUUAUUCCUCGUGAAUUCAUACCGAAAUUAAGCAAUCUCAUGAGAUUACGUUUAUCGGUAGCCAGCGUUGAUGGUUUAUCGGACGAAGAAAAUGAAAUUCAAGCCGUUAAAAAAACAUCAACGUCUGAUGAUUGA